UAUUUAACUUGUUUCAACUUUAUUUUGAAGAAGCACUUGUGGUUGGUUUACACAGUACGAAAUAAAACAUACAACGACGACAACGACACCAACAACAGCCUAUAAAUGUCUAUUUAAAUGCAAAUUUUUGGAAUAUUUAAAGUGUUUCAACAUUAAGCGUUACACAUAUUAUGAUACUGAUGACCAAAAAUACGCUGUAUCAGAGGGCUCUCUUCUUCUACCUCAUUGCACACAUUUGUUUAAAUUUUACAACUUCAAGAUAUAUUGAAUACCGUCUACCUCUAACAAGUUCCAUACAAAAAAGAUAUGAAUUAUUUGAACCACUGGAUACAAAUCUAGUUAGAGCAAUGUUUACUGGUCAAAAUGGUUAUCAUCAACAUAGUCAAAGAAAUACUGACAACGGUGAUGACAGUAAUGGUGGUGAUGAAUAUUAUACAAAUUCAAAAAGCUUGGGAAGCCUUAUGAGGUACGGAUAAAGAGGUUAUUGGAAUACUAAUACUAAAGAGUUGACUAAAUUAUCAAUUUAACUGUGUAUAACUUUCUUUCAAAUAAAAUUUUAUUCUUUUGAAAGUGGAAAAAUAAAAUUUAUAUGACAAAA